AUGAUGCAUCAUCAGACUCAUCUUCAUCCCUCCACCUGGUCAGUCUCCCAUGACAUGCCCUCCGUUUUUGAUCCGUUCGAUCUUUCCUCCAUCUUCUUCUCUGACCAUCAUUUCCAGUACCCAGUUGAAAUGGGUUCAGAAGCAUCCAAAUCCAUAGAGAAUUCCUCCCCCAAUGAAUUUGAAGUUGCUUCUGUCGUCUUCUCUCGAGAUCAUAAUUUCCAGUACCCAGUUAACGGAGAAGAUAUUACGGGAGUCCCAUCAAUGGAUUUGGAUGCUCAUGACCAUGAUUUGAGUGACCAAUUUCUGAAUAUCCAUGGAUACCCGGAAGAUAGUGAAGAGAGCUUCCUUCCUUCCCAGAAUCUAUCUUCUGAAGCAGAAGAUUAUUGGAGUUGUAGUCCAUGCAUGAAAUCAUCAGAAUGUUUGCUGAACUUGCCUCAAGAAGACAUGGAAAUGGACACCCAGCUGAUUCUUCCACAUCUUUUAGAAGCCCACGGUGAAGCCAGAGAUCAGAACCAUGAUGUUUUGGCAGAAGAAACCCUGAGAUGCAUAAACCAGAAAACAAGCCCACUCGCAGAAGAUCCUCUGGAACGCCUAGCAUUCCACUAUUCCUUCCAAAACAGGACAGGAAAUCCUGAGGGCCAUUUUCUCAAGCAGGAGGCUUACAAAAAUUUUGUUCCUGCAUUCAAGGCAUUUUACCAGAGCACCCCCCAUGGAAGAUUUGCUCAUUCUGGAGCCAAUUCAGCAAUUCUAGAAGCCAUAUCAAAGGAUUCAGAGGCCAUACACAUAAUAGAUUUCGACAUCGGAGAAGGGGUCCAGUGGCCCCCUGUGAUCGAGGCCAUUUCUCAACAGAACAGAGCGCUGAAGUUAACAUCAAUGAAAUGGGAAACAGAGCAAGAAAACUCUGAGGAGCCCAGAAGGAACCUUGUUGAAUACGCAAGGUCCUGCGGUCUCAAGAUGAAGAUAGAAGAAAAAGGUUUCGAGGAAUUGGUUUCGAAACUCAAGAAAUUGAAAAAAAGAGGAGGCAACGUGAAGAGAGAUUUCCUAGUCUUUAACUGCAUGGUGGGUCUUCCUCACAUGGGAAGAGGAAGAAGCAGAAGGUCUGUAAUGGAGUUUUUAAAUUUAGCCAAGAACAUGAUCAACAAGAACACCUGCAACAGGGGAAUCAUCACUUUGGGGGAUGGGGAAGCUGACAACAAACUGAGAAACAGCUUGAGUUUCAGGUCAUUUUUUGACGGCAACAUGAUUCAUUACAAGGCCUUACUGGAAUCAGUAGAAUCAAAUUUCCCAGCUUGUUUCUCACAAGCAAGAACAGCCGUAGAGUUCUUAUUCGUGGGACCUUAUGUGUCUUCCGCUGCUUGGAUGAAGAAAUGGGAAGAACUGAGAGAAAAUAACCAUUUUCAGGCAGAAAAUGGCUUUGGGAUAGAGGGUAGAAGAUUGAGCCAAGAGAUUUUAAUGGAAGCGAGGGAAAUGUUGAGAGGAAGCAUGGUGGGGUCAUACGAGGCAAGGAUUGAAGGGCAAAAUGGGAAUGAAAUGGUUCUCGCAUGGAAAGGAACACAGCUAGUCAGAGUAUCAACUUGGGGAAGUCAAGAGGCCUGA